AUGCACAUCACGCAAAUAACCAUUUCCGGCUUCAAGAGCUAUCGCGAUGCGACGGUCGUCGGGCCAUUCGCGGCGGGGCACAAUGUCGUCGUAGGACGCAAUGGUUCGGGCAAGUCCAACUUUUUUGACGCCGUGCGCUUUGUCUUGUCUGAUACCUAUUCCUCUCUCCGCGCCGAAGACCGCGUCGCUCUGCUUCACGAAGGUGCAGGGGCCUCGGUCCUGUCCGCAUACGUGGAAAUUGUCUUUGACAAUUCUCACGGUCGCCUGCCAUUCGACAGAGACGAGGUCGCUCUCAGACGUAUGAUUGGAUUGAAGAAGGAUGAGUUCUUGUUGGACAGGAAAAACGUUACGCGCUCCGAGGUCUUCAGCACGCUUGAGACUGCUGGCUUAUCCCGUUCAAAUCCAUACUACAUUGUUCAACAAGGGAAGGUCGCCGCCUUGUGCGCAAUGACUGACAAGCAGCGCCUCGAUUUGCUGCAGGAAGUCGCAGGCACUCGCAUCUACAAUUCGCGCCGUGCAGAGUCCCUCAAGAGUAUGGAUGAGUCUGAUGCUCAUCGCAACAAAAUUUCAGAAGUCAUAGCUUAUAUUGACUCACGUUUGGGAGAGCUGGAAUCGGAAAAGGACGAACUUCGCGCCUUCCAGUCCCUGGAUAAAGAACGAAAGGCACUCAAGUACACUAUCCAUGUUCGAGAGGUAGAGGAAGCAAAAGCUGCCUUGGAGGGUUUGGAUGGAGACAAUCAUCAGUACCGCUCGAGGACAGAGGAGCUGCAAGCGAGGUUAACUGAUGUCAGAGCAAAUAUUGCAGGUGCAGAAAGGGAAAUCAAGUCAUUAGCACCGGAACUGCGCAGGAGUGAGGAAGAAUUAGAGGCAAUGGAUGGCCAGCGGAAGAAGGCCGUUGACAAAGUCGCCGAGUAUAAAGUGCUCGUAACGGAAGCAGAGCAAGCGGCAAAAACAGUCGCCGAAACCGUUGCAACAUCACGUUCCGAACUCAAUCAGGUUGAGCAACUCAUCGAGAGCAAGAGGGAAGAGCUCGAACCGUUGGAGACGCAUUUUAAAACACUACAGAAAGCAGAAUCUAAGCUCCGCAAGAAGCUUACUGACAGUGAAAGACGAUUACUCAAUCUUCGCGUAAAGGAAGAUAGAACAAACCACUUCCCCAACGCUCAAGCACGGGAUGCCCAUCUGCGGAAAUUGAUCCGCGAACAGAAGAAACGGCGGGACGGCUGCGUCGCGCAAAUUGAGUCAGCUAAAAAGGACAUUGUGAGAUUGGAAAAGGCCAUAGAAAAGGGGCAGUUCCGAAAGGAAGAAUACGAAGCCCAACGGCAGGAGCUGCUGGCGAGUGCAAAUAGCGGUGAUCCUGAGUUGGUCACCCUGCGAGCACAACGGGACCGUCUGCAUGCUGAGCGGCAAGAAGCGCGGCGAAAGGAAAGUGAUCUUCGGGCGAAAGCUAGGGAUUUGCACAAUGGUAUGGGGCGUUUGGAAGCUGCAAAGAGGUCAGUUCUUGGCGCUGGUGCGUACAGAGCCAUUCAAGCGGUGAUGCGGGCUUCUCAUGAAGACCCGCGUAAUUUGGGCCCUAAUCGUGUCUAUGGUCCGCUCGUUGACCUUAUCAAUGUCGACUCAAAGUUUUCAUCGGCAGCCGAUGCCAUUGCAGGUUCCACACUAACUCACAUAGUCGUGGAUAACGAUGCAACAUCUGCGAGGCUUGUAAGGAUCAUGAAAGAGCGGCGAGCUGGCAGGGUCACGUUUAUCCCACUCAAUCGGCUAGACGACAACCAAAGGCGGCCACCUUCAACGACCGCAGACGCUAUUCCGCUCAUUAGCAAGAUUUCAUGCCAAGAUAUGUUUCUUCCAGCUAUUCGGCAGAUCUUCGGCAGAACGCUGGUUACAAGGACAGUUGAAAUAGGAGCUGAAAUGUCGAAAAGACAUGGCGUUGAUUGCGUCACUCUUGACGGUGAUGUUGUGAACAAGAGAGGGGCUAUGCACGGAGGCUACAUGGACGCUUCUAGAAGCCGGAUUGAUGCAGCACGCUUUCUCCGAGAGGCGCAAGCCGAGCUGGCAGCUUUGGAACCUCAAAAGGCAAGUUGGCAAGCAAAAGAAGCUGAGGUCGAUGCAAGCUUGACCAGAGUACUUGGUGAAAUGCAAAGACGUGAAUCAACAAAGAGAACAUCCAAUUCGACAGCAGCUCGACUCCACACCGAAAUCGCCCGCCUCUCAAAAUACAUCCAAAACGACAAGGCCAACAUCCCGCGAGCCAAGGAUCGGAUGGCAGUGGCUGAAGAGUCUAUCACUGCCGCUGAAGCGGCAAUAGAGGACCAUGAAAAAGAAUUGGGUACUCCGAUGGUCUCGGGGUUGUCCCCGGAAGAAGAGGUCCUAAUGGAGUGUCUGAAGUCCGAACUCGAGACGCUGGGAUUGGAAGUGACGGCAAAGAGCAAUGAGCGUGCACUUGCUGAAAGGUCCGUUGUGUCGUUGCAGUCUGAGUUGAGCGGAAACCUGGAACGGCGGGCAGCUGCUCUGCGCGAAGCGAUGAAUCUGGGUGGCCAGGACAGUUCUAUGAUGAUGUCAGACGACAAUGACAGUCAGGCACAAACACAGAAUGAGCUACGUAACAAGCUUGAGGAGCUAAAUUUGGCUGAGGCUGACGUGAAUAGUGUGGUGAAGUCGAUAGAAGAGAGCAGUGCAGUAGUGCAUGACAAACGGAAACGGCAUAAUCGACUCAGCAAUCGUUUAGAACACGAUCGUGAGGAAGAGAGCAAGAUUAGUAAGGAACUGGAAGAUGACCGGCAAAUGGUGGAGCGGCGGUACAAUCAGAGGUCAAUCGAAAGGCAAAAGAAGAGUGAUGCAGAGAAGAGCAUUCGGGAGCUUGGAUCAUUGCCAGCAGACUUUGACAAGCAUCGGGGGUUAUCGAUGGGGGUAUUGAUGAAGAAAUUGAAGAAAACGAACCAGUCUCUUCAGAAAUAUUCACAUGUGAACAAGAAGGCGUUAGACCAGUAUUUGAAGUUUACGGAGGAAAGAGACUCUUUGACACGGCAUCUCGGAGAGCUGGAAGAAGGUGCGCAGUCUAUUCGGCAGCUGAUUGAGUCUCUCGACCACAGGAAAGAUGACGACAUUUUGCGGACGUACAAAGGAGUGUCGAAGUUCUUCAGCGAUGUAUUUCGCGAGCUGGUUCCUGGCGGCAAAGCGUCGCUUGUGAUGCUCAAGUCGGGCGACAAUGGGCAGAACGAUGAUGGGGAAGAGGGAGAACCGCGGCGAAUCCGGUACACGGGUGUUGCGAUGAAGAUUUCAUUCAGCACGACUGGACAGGCGUAUUUACUUCAGCAAUUGAGUGGCGGGCAGAAGUCAAUUGUGGCGCUGGCGCUUAUCUUUGCGAUUCAGAGACUUGACCCAGCACCGUUCUAUCUAUUUGAUGAGAUUGAUGCAAACCUUGAUGCGACGCAUCGACAAGCUGUCGCCAACUUGAUCAGGAAGCGGGCGAACCUUGGGACUCAGUUUGUUACGACUACGUUCCGACCAGAGUUUGUGAACGCGGGGGAUAUGUGGUAUGGGGUGACGCACAAGAGAAAAGUUAGCUCUGUGCAGCAAGUGAACAAGAACGUUGCGUUAACUUUCGUGACAAACGAUCCAGGCCAAUCAUGAGUGUUUUUCUUUUUUUCGCGAGCGCUACCCUUCUAAGGGUUAAGAGUCGUAGACCUGGUGGUUGCAUGUGAAUGAAAUGUGUAUUUUUGUUUAUAAGAAUAGUAGGGUCGUUCCUCCUUGUAUCACUACUGUAGUAUCAAAAAAGAAUUGUACGGUGCGGUACUUUGAAGGAGGAUGACUUGCUCUGCUCUGCCCACAUAAAGUAGUUCUCUAAAGUAAAUUACGAAGGGCAAGAAGCGGCAGGGUGGAAAGGUCGCUUCUUUCGAAGAUAAACGUGACAGUUAGAAAAA